UGUGGACCUGCAAUUGUGUAUAUGUAUACAUCAGUCAAGUCGACGAUUAUACAGCAAAAUAAGCGAAAAUGUCGGCCAUUCCUGAAGUACCGAAAGAUAAAGCCCUCCAGGAUUAUAGGAAAAAACUCCUGGAGCAUAAAGAAGUAGAGUCUCGUUUGAAGGAAAUGAGAGAUCAUUUAAAGGAUCUAACUAAACAAUAUGACAAAUCUGAGAAUGACUUGAAAGCUCUACAAAGUGUUGGACAGAUUGUUGGUGAAGUUCUGAAACAAUUAACGGAAGAAAAAUUUAUUGUCAAGGCAACUAAUGGUCCUCGAUAUGUCGUUGGAUGUAGGCGUCAAUUAGAUAAAAAUAAGCUCAAGUCAGGAACCAGGGUCGCCCUUGACAUGACAACCCUUACAAUCAUGCGCUACCUACCAAGAGAAGUUGAUCCAUUAGUUUAUAAUAUGUCUCAUGAAGAUCCUGGUGAUGUUUCGUAUUCUGAAAUUGGUGGUCUAAGUGAACAGAUUCGAGAACUGAGGGAAGUUAUUGAAUUGCCUUUGCUAAAUCCAGAACUUUUCCAGAGAGUAGGAAUCACUCCACCUAAAGGUUGUUUGUUGUAUGGGCCUCCUGGUACAGGAAAAACAUUACUUGCCAGAGCAGUUGCAAGUCAAUUAGAUGCAAACUUUUUAAAAGUUGUCUCAAGUGCUAUCGUUGAUAAGUACAUUGGUGAAUCUGCCAGAUUAAUCAGAGAAAUGUUUAAUUAUGCAAGAGAUCAUCAACCUUGCAUAAUUUUCAUGGAUGAAAUUGAUGCUAUUGGUGGCCGAAGAUUUUCUGAAGGAACCAGUGCUGAUCGUGAAAUUCAAAGAACAUUAAUGGAAUUAUUAAAUCAAAUGGAUGGAUUUGAUUCUUUGGGACAAGUAAAAAUGAUUAUGGCUACAAAUAGACCUGACACUUUGGAUCCUGCUUUAUUGCGUCCUGGUCGUUUAGACAGAAAAAUUGAAAUUCCAUUGCCUAAUGAACAAGCUAGAUUAGAAAUUUUAAAAAUUCAUGCAAACCCGAUUGCCAAGCAUGGAGAGAUUGACUACGAAGCUGUUGUCAAACUAUCAGAUGGAUUCAAUGGAGCAGAUUUGAGAAAUGUUUGUACAGAAGCUGGACUUUUUGCUAUACGUUUAGAAAGAGAAUAUGUUAUACAGGAAGAUUUUAUGAAAGCUGUUAGAAAGGUAUCUGACAACAAAAAACUUGAAUCAAAGUUGGAUUACAAGCCUGUGUAAAAUUAUACCAUUUAAUCUUUAACUAUCAAAUAUCUCUGUGCAAGCUGGAACUAUAUUUAUGAAUAAUAUUUGUAAUAAGAAAUCAUUAAAUAAUUAAUUAAUUUUGAUUUAUUUUA